AUGAGGAUACUAUUUAUAGCUUCAAAGUUUCUCAGUGGUUGCAUCCUCUUACCUCCAUCCCUCUGCGUCUCACACCUCAAGGUCACACUGACCAGUGAAUGUCGAGGCGAGGUGGAGCUAUGGCUUACCUCGCCGAUGGGGACAAAGAGCAAGCUGCUGAGCAAACGACCUUUCGAUUUGGACGUUGCCGGAUUCCACGCCUGGCCCUUUAUGUCUGUCCACUUCUGGGGUGAAAAAGCAAAUGGCACGUGGACUCUCACCGUCCACUCGGGUAACGCUGUUGACUUGGGUCUUGUGCCUUCUGCCAUGGGUCCAAAAUAUGAGUACUCUAGCGCUCCGGUCAUUUCUGGUAUGCUAGUCUCUCUAAUCGGGUGGAGUCUCACUUUCUACGGCGUAAGCACAAAGCCGCCCCACCAUCCAUCCCGUCAACAGUCUACGCUACCUUCUCGUGGUCCUCGGGAGCGCCAAAUCCAUCCUCUUGCCUCCAUGCUGGGUGAACACGAACCAGUAGUACCACCGCCACUGCCUAUCCCCUUCGGUUCUAAGACCUCCAUCAGUUUCUCACCGGAGGCCUACGCGGUGGAACUGGGAGAUAAGCCUCCACCCCCUCCUCCUCCGCCAUUUCCCCUUCCUUUCGGCUCCGAUUUUCUCGAUAUCUGGAGUGAUCAUGCUGUGGAUGCGGUUUCAGAAGGAGAGGGGACGGUAAUCGGUGGGAGUGGUGGAUAUCAAAGCAAUGGAAAGUGGUACAACAACCUCCACAAUGUGUAUCAGGCGCCACCGUCUAAGCCAAAAACCGCAAAUAGUCUUGACCCAUCACAGAUUUUCCACAGCGCCUAUUUAGGAGGCUAUGGACUUGAGCGGUUAAACUCACCACGCAAAUCGAAUGCUGGUGGUGGUGGUGGUGGUGGUGUUAGUGCUGGGUGGCAGCGCAUUGAACCUAACCGACAGUCAGCGGUAAAGUCGGUGAAGUCGUCGGCGGGCUGGUGGUUGAGGGAGGAGGGCGACGGAUCGACCGUUGUCACCUUGGCUCUGAAGUCCGUUUCCAAAGGUCAUCUGGCAUAA